CUGCCUCAAUACACACACAUUCACAAGCAUGGCUCACGUAGGCAGGACGCAUUUCCUCCGAGCGGGUUUACGUUCAGGAAUAUGGACAUGCCAGCGGGGCAUGACCAGUUCCCCCAUUCCAUCAAUGCCUCCAUGUGACUUUCAGCCAGACACUUACAAGGGUAUGGAGAUGUCGAAGGUUAAACAGGUGCGUAGUGAGAACCUUAAUCCGGCUUUGUUCACCUAUUAUAAGAAGCCCCUUCUAGUUCACCAGGGACACAUGCAGUGGCUGUAUGACGUGGAUGGUACCCGCUACCUUGACCUUUUUGGAGGCAUUGUUACUGUCAGUGUCGGCCAUUGUCAUCCGACCGUGAGGAAGAGAGCUGAGGAACAAAUGGGGAAAUUGUGGCACACAACAAAUAUCUACCUCCACUCCACCAUUCAUGAGUAUGCUGAGAAACUCACCUCGACAUUACCAGGCAAUCUGAAAGUGUGUUAUUUCACAAACAGCGGUUCUGAAGCUAAUGAUAUGGCUGUUCUCAUGUCUCGAAUGUACACAGGGAAUUAUGAUGUCUUAUCUCUAAGAAACUGCUACCACGGUGCUAGCCCCUAUCUGAUGGGACUCACAGCCCUGAACACUUGGCGUUAUAAUGUACCCUCGGGAUUUGGCAUGCAUCAGACAAUGAACCCUGAUCCUUAUCGUGGACCCUGGGGAGGGGCACGUUGUCGGGAUUCCCCUUGUCAGGUCCAAAGGUCAUGUGACUGUGCUGAAGGUCAAUGUGAGGCUGGUGACCGCUACGUGGAACAGCUGGAGGAUGUCCUCAGAUUCUCUAUGCCCAAAGGCAGAGUUGGAGCUUUCUUUGCAGAAUCAAUUCAGGGAGUUGGAGGGACAGUCCAGUUUCCUAAAAAUUUCUUGAAGCGAGCUUUUGAUAGAGUACGAGAACAUGGAGGUCUGUGCAUAUCUGAUGAGGUUCAGACUGGCUUUGGACGGACAGGAACUCACUACUGGGGAUUUCAGGGGCAUGAUGUUGUACCGGACAUUGUUACUAUGGCUAAGGGUAUGGGUAAUGGUUUCCCACUGGCUGCAGUGGUAACUACCCCGGAGGUCGCUAGCUGUAUGGGCAGAGCUCUUCACUUCAAUACAUAUGGCGGUAACCCUCUCUCCUGUGCAGUCGGCUCCUCUGUGCUUGAUGUAAUUGAAAAUGAAGGGAUCCAAAACAAUGCCCACGUUAUUGGAACAUAUUUCCUACAAGAACUUGAAAAGUUACGCGACGAGUUUGAGAUUGUGGGAGAUGUUCGGGGGAAAGGACUUAUGAUUGGCGUGGAGUUGGUACAGGACAAGGCAACAAAAACACCACUACCUGUGGAGGAUGUCAACAGUGUAUGGGAAGACAUGAAAGACAUGGGUGUCCUGAUCGGCAAAGGAGGAGUAUAUUCUACGGUGCUGAGAAUCAAGCCACCGAUGUGCCUUACAAUGGAGGAUGCUCAAUUUUCCAUAGCUGUGUUUCGCCGAGCACUGGAGAACUAUUCCGCUAAGUGAAAAGUUCCUUGGUGCACCCAAAAAUGAUACUUUUAAUUUGGCAGCAUUUCCGUUUCCCUGCUCUGCAGAAACCUCAGUUUUGCAAAAUUAAAAGUUUUGCAUAGCAAUUAAAAAUUAUACCGCAAAAUUAAGAGCUCUUCUGAAACGUGGAGCAUUAACCUGCAAGUCAGUUUUGUAGAGAAAUGGAAAAUUUUGCUGCAGUUGAGUUCAGUUAAGCACUGGCAAAUCAAAAUGCCAAGUUGGUAGUUUGAAAUGUGUGUUGCCUACUCUACUUAUUGGUUUGUUGGACAUAUUUUAUAUAAGAUGUUUACAGAAGCUAAUCAUAUUUUACUUACAAAUUUCUGUAAAAGAGACAUCAUUAGGAGAGAUUGGUAAACAUUUGAAGAUACUGGUAAAUCAGUAUUUUACGUAUCUUUUUCAGUUGAACUUGUUUGCUUUUAACACAUGUAUUUACAAAAAAAUUAUCAAUAAGCAAAUUGAAUGAAGAGUGAAACCUGGCUUCACCAAUUCUGUAUAGUGUCCAGUCAAUAGUUCGGAUGUGACAGUGUGUCGGUAAAGGUCAGUGUCAGCAAUUAUAGGUCAGAUGUUACUGAAUGUUUUUAAAGUCACAGUUUGGUAAACUCAGGUUUCACUGUAAGCAAGCAUGAAAAUGUUUUAACUCUAAAUUCAACACUACAUUUAAAAAAAAAUGAUCUUGAACUUGUAAAACAAACUUGUGUAGACAUCUUUUAAUAAAUACAUAACCAUUGUUUGGCUCAAAAAAGACUUGAGCAAGGCUACUUUGAACUUAUAUUUCAUGAACAUUCAGUAACUUCAGUUUGUCCAAAGUAAAAUUCAUUGAGUUAAAAAAAAAACGAUCUCAAUAGAGGACAUUUUCUUUAAACACUAUCCUAAGCUAUUAUUUUUAGACUUGAGGAAUAUCCUUUAGUAAGCAAUUAUUUGUGAAACAAAGUUAGUGUAUGUUAGAUACAUUGUAUUUAGUCAGAAUUUUAAUUCACUUAGUCAUUUAUUAAACAGUUGCUCAAUUAAGGUGCCAUGGUUGUUAAUUAUUGUUAUCAAUUCAUAAUAGUUGUGACUGCUGUCCACUUGUUGUGAGUUGUAUAGGUCAUGUGACCUCCAGUCAGAUUUCAGGGAUCAGUACUAUUGAUAUUUUAAGUCUUUAUCGUACCUGGUUGUAAUCUUCAGUUUUUAUUAAAAUAAUUCUAGUUUCCUCAUAUAGUUGGCUUUUAUGAUUGUUCACAAUUACAUAGGAAUAUAUAUUGUAUACAUAUAAAUAUCAUAUCAUUACUGUUAUUUUAAUAUGCAUACGAAACAAGCUUCAGUGUUAUAGGUUAUACUUAAGUGCACUGAAAGUUGAGCAUUUCCCAAUUUUUUAAAUAGAUUAGCACGUUGAGGAAUUUGUGCACAGAUGUUUUUCUAUAGAGAAUGUAUAUGAACUGUACAUUUAGCCCAAUCAUAUUUAGCACAAUGCUUCUAGCAUGAAAAUUGUAUGUGUGUGAAAUAUGUAUGUUACCCAAGCUGUGUGCUUCAACUUGCCACAUUAUUAAUGCGCCGGUUAGCAGUUUAUGAGACGGUAAUUCUCAACUACUGUUGGUAAUGUUAUAUAGUGACAAUGUCAUAGAGUGGUAAAUGUAGCUAUAUACAAUAUAUAUGAUUGAUACAUUUGUAUUGUUAUACCGGUAUACUUGCCUGACACACAACUGUCGGUGUCCCUCUUUUGAAAUCUGUACAUUAAAUCUGUAUACCUGGAGUAUUAUUGCUUACUUAUACAUGUGCUUUAAUGUUUAUCUAAUAAAAUAUACAGUCAUUAACCUGAAA